ACGUGGAGGGAGACCAUGGGGGUUCAUGCUAUGAGCUUGCCUUUUUAUGGAUUUUUAUUUUUAAUAAUUAUUAUUAUUAUUUGCCAGAAGCUUUGUAAUGGAACCACUAAACUCCCUUUUCUUGAUUAUUUCUCAGCAACGUCGAAGAAACGACGCAGUGUUUUGUCUCAAGAAAGCUCAUACGACAGCGUUUCAAAUUUCUUCUUCAGUGCCUCAUCCAGACAAUUCCCGUUGACUGUUCGUCCUUCAACCUAUUGUCAUUUUCAGUUCAUUCGCAGAGGAAGGUAGAGUUAUAAAAAUGACAAGGAAAGCGUAAUCAUUUUUUUUUUUUUUUGAAAUCAGGAAAGCCUAAUUAUUGAUAGUUAAGAAUGUGUCAGUAACCGCUUGUAAAUCAGUUUCUUCAAUCCUCAUGUUCCUCUUGUCAUUGUUUUGAUUUCGAUUGAAAUAGCCUUAGCUUGAUGCAAGAAUGGUGUUCACUGAUAAUGGAAGUGGCAAAGGGGAAAUUGAGGAAUCCAAAGGUAAUCAACCAAAGGCUGAAGUUUCCUUCGACAUUUCAGGGUCUCAAAGGACACUGCUAAGCGAAAAAAAAUCUCCAAAACAUUUUGGCAAUACCUUCACUGCUGUUGCUGAUAGAAAAAGGUUUUUCAAAUUUGGUUCUGCAUCUGCUAAGUUCAAGCGGAUAGCUGAGGGAAAAGAUGAGAUUUCAAGAACUGUUGCUUCUUCUAGUAGUCAUCUGAGAGAACGUCUCAACGGGAUAUUUUCUCGGAAAAUUGAUUGGGCGUUGGUUAUGAAAAUGUGCAAAGAAUGGAUUAGAAACCCAAUGAACAUGGCUCUUUUUGUAUGGAUUCUCUGUGUUGCUGUUUCGGGUGCAAUCCUGUUCAUGGUUAUGAUUGGAAUGUUGAAUCAUGUGCUAACGAAGAAGUCCCAGAGAGAUGCAUGGUUUGAAGUCAAUAACCAAAUUCUUAAUGCACUAUUUACUCUUAUGUGUUUGUACCAACAUCCAAAGCGGUUCUACCACCUUAUACUUCUAUGUAGGUGGAAACCUAAAGAUAUUUCUAGACUUAGAAAGAUUUACUGCAAGAAUGGGACUUAUAAACCCCAUGAAUGGGCACACAUGAUGGUGGUUGUUCUUCUACUCCAUGUGAACUGUUUUGCUCAAUAUGCCCUUUGUGGUCUAAACUGGGGGUACAAGAGAUCUGAACGACCAGCCAUUGGGGUUGGAAUAUGUAUCUCUUUUGCAAUUGCUGCUCCUGCAAUUUCAGGUGUGUAUUUAAUUGUCAGCCCUCUUGGUAAGGAUUAUGAUUCUGAAAUUGAUGAGGAAGCACAGCUUCAAAUUAGCCCUGGUGAGAGGCCAGAAAAGUUAAGAUUGAAAUCUAUGGAGAAAAGAUAUUCAUUUGCAUUGAGGGAUGAGCAGCGGGUCAUCGAGAAUAGACCACAGUGGAGUGGAGGGAUACUUGACUUUUGGGAUGACCUUUCUAUAGCAUAUCUCUCACUCUUUUGCAGUUUUUGUGUGUUUGGAUGGAAUAUGGAGAGACUUGGAUUUGGAAAUAUGUUUGUUCAUAUUUUUACCUUUCUUCUGUUUUGCACGGCUCCUUCCUUGAUUUUUAACUUGGCUGCUGUAAACAUUGACAAUGAGGGUGUUCGUGAGGCUCUGGGCAUUACCGGCAUAAUUCUUUGUGCAUUUGGGUUGCUCUAUGGUGGCUUCUGGAGGAUUCAGAUGAGAAAGAGAUUCAAUUUGCCUGCUUAUAGCUUUUGUUUUGGUCAACCAGCGUUGGGCGAUUUCACAUUGUGGCUUUGCUGUUGUUGGUGUUCUCUUGCUCAAGAAGUGCGAACUGGGAAUUCUUACUUCAUUGUGGAAGAUAAGUUUUGCAGAAAACAGCUGGACAAUGGUGACCAGUUACCAAUUUCACCUUUGCCUCGUGAAGAUGGAGUGGCUCAGUACAGAUCUGGCCCAACUUCUCCGCUAGGAAACAGCUUUAGCCCAUCCAAGAACAAUAUAGCCGCUUCUCCAAGUCCGAGCGGACUUUCGAAGGAAUAUUAUAGUCCAGAGAGGCCACUUGCAACGGUGAAAGAAGAGUCUUUUGAAAGAGAGCAUGUGUAUGUGUAUUCUGUGCGUAUGUCUGCACGAGGGACAGAGACAGACAGCUUGUGGAUUAUGAAGUGGUACCGACGUGGCUCAAUCACUGAGGGAAAUUUGUGUGCUAUGUGUCUCACAGCAAUGCGUGAAAGGUGUAAUGCAGUGGUUUUAAUUGGUUGUGCAAGUUGCCAGUGUGGACUUAUGAAGAUUAUAUCAUCAAAGCUUUGAAGUUGUUGAUGCUAAAUGCCAAAGAUGGCCAGUAAGGCCGGUACAAGAAAGACAAAUGGAAAAGCCUUAGACCUCCACGCCUACCUCGUUAGCUGUGAAACUCUAUUAUCGAGUUGCCAAGUGUGUGCAUAUUAGGAAG